AUGUCUGGAAGAUUUCCCGACGCAGCAAACCUCGACGAGUUCUGGGAUGUACUCUAUCAGGGCCGUGACGUUCAUCGACAGAUCCCCGAGGAUCGCUUCGAUGCCGUAAGUCACCACGAUGCAACGGGUCGUCGGAAGAAUACCAGCAAAGUCAUGAACGGAUGCUGGAUUGAGGAGCCAGGCUUAUUCGAUGCCAAGUUCUUCAACAUCUCUCCCAAGGAGGCAGAACAAUCGGACCCAGGUCAGAGGUUGGCUUUGGAGACGGCUUACGAAGCUCUUGAGAUGGCCGGCAUAGUCCCAGAUCGGACACCAUCGACGCAACGAGAUCGAGUGGGCGUCUUUUAUGGCAUGACGAGUGAUGAUUGGAGAGAAGUCAAUAGCGGACAGAAUGUCGAUACCUACUUUAUUCCUGGUGGCAACCGGGCUUUUACCCCGGGUAGACUGAACUACUUUUUCAAGUUCAGCGGGCCCAGUGCCAGCAUCGACACGGCAUGCUCAUCGAGUCUUACGGCUAUUCACAUGGCCUGCAAUUCUCUUUGGAGAAACGACUGCGAUACGGCAAUCGCCGGUGGCACCAAUGUCAUGACUAACCCAGAUAAUUUUGCCGGCCUGGAUCGAGGUCAUUUCCUGUCCAGAACAGGGAACUGCAACACAUUCGACGAUGGUGCCGACGGCUACUGCCGCGCGGAUGGUGUAGGCACUGUUGUCCUAAAAAGGCUCGAAGAAGCCGAGGCAGACAACGAUCCUAUCCUCGGAGUGAUUGCGGGAGCAUACACGAAUCACUCUGCCGAAGCGGUGUCCAUCACAAGACCUCAUGCAGGAGCCCAAGAAUACAUCUUUUCCAAGCUCCUCCGAGAGUCAGGAAUCGACCCAUACGAUGUCAGCUACGUCGAGAUGCACGGCACAGGGACGCAAGCCGGUGACGCGACCGAGAUGUCGUCUGUCUUGAAGACUUUCGCUCCGACGAGUGGUCGAGGCGGUCGCUCUCCUGACCAGAGCCUGCAUCUUGGGUCAGCUAAAGCCAAUGUCGGACACGCAGAGUCUGCAUCUGGCGUGGUGGCACUAAUCAAGACGUUGCUCAUGUUGCAGAACAGUACUAUUCCACCCCACUGCGGCAUCAAGACAAAGAUCAACCACCAUUUCCCGACCGACCUUGCGGAACGUAAUGUCCACAUUGCGAAAGCUGCCACGCCCUGGAACCGUCCGGCUGGGGGAAAGGGUAUCCGUCGUUCUUUUGUCAAUAACUUCUCCGCAGCAGGAGGCAACUCGGCUUUACUUCUCGAGGAUGCACCAAUCUCACUUGCCGAUGACCGGGGUCUCGCUGACCCUCGGACUACGCAUGUCGUUGCGAUUUCAGCCCGGUCGGUUGGCUCGCUGAAGAGGAACCUCGAAAACCUCAAGAUAUUUGUUGAGCAGGCACAAGUAGAGAAGAACUCCGAAUUCCUGACCAAGCUUUCGUAUACGACCACGGCAAGGCGCAUCCACCAUCAUUUCCGUAUAGCAUUGAGCGCUCAGACAACAGAGCAACUACUACAUAAGCUCGACGCAGCAAUUCGACGUCAAGAGGUGAAGAGAACGCCAGUCGCACUUCCUUCAGUCGGCUUCGUCUUCAGCGGCCAAGGAGCGCAGUACAGCGGAAUGGGCAAAGAGUACUUCAACUCUUUCUCUCUCCUCCGGUCAGAAAUCCAAUCCUAUGACCGUAUCGGCCAAUCUCAAGGGUUCCCCUCGAUUUUGCCGCUCAUCACCGGAGAGGCAGAGGUCGAGUCUUCGAGCCCCGUCGAGAUCCAGCUGAGCUUGGCUUGCCUACAGAUGGCUCUAGCGAAGCUGUGGAAAUCCUUUGGCAUUGAGGCAAGCUUCGUUUUGGGGCACAGUCUCGGACACUAUGCCGCGCUCAAUGUUGCUGGUGUUCUCUCAGCCAGCGAUACCAUCUACCUCACGGGCACGAGAGCGCAGCUGCUUCUCGACAACUGCGAGGCAGGCAGCCACGCAAUGCUCGCGGUUCGAGCAUCGGUUUUGCAGAUCCGACAGUUUUUGAACGCCAACAUUCACGAGGUGGCCUGCAUCAAUGGGCCACGAGAGGUCGUCAUCAGUGGCAAGGUCGCCGAUAUCAAUCAGCUGGCCGAGCGCCUUGCAGCGGACAACAUCAAGGCAACCCGCGUUCAGGUUCCUUAUGCUUUCCACUCUGCUCAGGUGGAUCCUAUCCUCUCCGACCUCGAUGUAGCGGCCUCCCGAGUGAUCUUCCACUCUCCGCAGAUCCCUGUGCUCUGCGCCCUUGAGGCUUCCAUCUUUCGCCCUGGAGAUCAUGGUUCCAUAGGCCCACUCCACAUACAGCGCCACUGCCGCGAGACAGUCAAUUUCGAAGGGGCUUUGAAGGUUGCAGAGCGCGAGGGCUUGAUUAGCGCCAGUGGAAGCACCCUGUGGAUUGAGAUAGGACCUCACACCGUCUGCUCUACUUUCUUGAAGGCAAGUCUGGGACAAAACACUUUGGCGAUCCCCUCCCUCCGUCGUACGGAAGAUCCCUGGCGGGUGCUUUCUGAUGGCCUCGGCAACUUAUACAACGCGGGGCUAGCUGUUGACUGGAACGAAUAUCACCGAGAUUUCCCAGCAUGUCACCAAGUCUUGCGGCUUCCUUCCUACAGCUGGGAUCACAAGAACUACUGGAUUCAAUAUGUUCACGAUUGGUCACUCACGAAGGGUGACGCCCCAACCUCAACGCACAACCCAGUCACGGCAUCCUCAAUCUCCACCCUUUCGACCCCUUCUGUUCAAAAGAUUGUGCGGGAGACUCUUCGUGACCAGGACUUGACGCUUCUAGCCGAGUCAGAUCUUGCUAGUCCUUUGCUGGCUGAGAUUGCCCAUGGCCAUCUCGUCAAUGGCGUCAAAGUCUGCACUUCCUCUCUCUAUGCUGACGUUGGCCUUACCCUGGGCAACUACAUCCUCAAACAGCACCGUUCAGACUUGGUGGGCUACGCAGUCAAUGUUCAUCACAUGCAAGUCUACAAGCCUCUCAUUCUCAAAGAAGAUGCUAGCGGCACAUCUCUUCCCACGCCGUUCUGUAUUGAGGUGAAGUAUCGAAUCGACACCUUGACAGCGUCCAUGACAAUCCGAAGCGGUGGCUCUCAUCACGAUGGACUCGGCACAAAGCAUGUCGACUGCGAGCUGCGCUUCGAGAACCCCAAAGACUGGGAAGCGGAAUGGGAUCGCCAGGCCUACUUGAUCAAACGCAGUAUCGAGUAUCUCGAGAGCCGAGCGACCCAGGGACUGGACAGCACACUCGCGACGGGUAUGAUCUACAAGGUCUUUUCCUCGCUGGUCGACUACCAACAAGAUGGCUUCAAGGGAUUACGGGAAGUCGUUUUGCACAGUGAAGACCUCGAGGGUACAGCCAAAGUCCGGUUCCGCGGCCCUCGUGGGGGCUUCUACUGCAACCCUUUGUGGAUUGACAGUUGCGGCCAGACGACUGGGUUCCUUAUGAACUGCCACCAGACCACACCGCGCGACUACGUCUAUGUGAACCAUGGAUGGAAGUCUAUGAAGCUGGCCAAAGACUUUCAAGAGGGCACCACCUACCGGACCUACAUUCAUAUGAGGCCUGUCGAUGGCACCAAGUAUGCUGGCGAUUUGUAUAUUUUGGAUGAAAACAGCACCGUCAUCGGUGUGUACGGCGAUAUUACGGUCUUCCGCGGCGCGUUCUCAACACCGUGCUACCUCCACCUGGAGCUACACCUCCAGAAGCACUUCGAGGCCAUCGAGAAAGACCACAGCCAUCCCAGAUACACCACCCUUCUUCGGAAGCACCAGGAGACAGACCCGUUUCAUCUCGUCCUGCGGCCCCUCCUUCGCAUCCUGUCAGAGGAAAUCGGACUCUCCCUCAGCGACCUCAACGACGACGACCUAGAUUUUGCAGACCACGGCGUCGACUCACUGCUAUCCCUAACCCUCACAGGCCGCAUGCGCGAGGACCUUGGCAUCGACGUGGACUCCUCCGCCUUCAUAAUGUGCCCGACACUCGGCCAGCUCAAGAAAUUCUUGGGGUUCACCAUCAGCCAAACGAGCAGCAGCAGCAGUAGCAGCAAUAGCGGGACCAGCGCUGCCGGCAGCCCCCCGACCGAAAGCGAACCAGACACAUCAUCCACCACCCUCCCCAGCGACGGCGAGGACAGCAAGAUUGACAGUGACGAGUACAAAGACAUCAAACGCGCACCUCCGUAUGCCCCCAGUCUACUACACCACUUCCGAGCCACCUCGACACUUCUCCAAGGCAACCCGAAACGAGCGCGCUCAACGCUCUUCCUGCUCCCCGACGGCUCCGGCUCCGCCACCUCAUACGCCUCACUCCCGCCCAUUUCCCCAAACGGCGACAUCGCCGUCUACGGCCUCAACUGUCCCUGGCUCAAGGAUGCUCAACACCUGGUCGAAUUCGGCCUCCGCGGCCUAGCCGAGCUCUACGUGUCCGAGAUCCUGCGACGGCAGCCGCGGGGGCCGUAUGACCUCGGAGGAUGGUCCGCCGGCGGCAUCUGUGCGUACGAAGUAUCCCUCAUGCUCACCAGAGCCGGCCAUCGCGUCGACCGGCUCGUCUUGAUCGACUCGCCCAGCCCCAUCGGGUUGGAAAAGCUGCCGCCCCGGUUAUACGACUUCCUCGACGCCCAAAACGUUUUCGGCUCGGAGAACCCCCACGGCGCAGCAGGGGGGGGAGGUAGCAAGGCGCCCGAGUGGCUUUUAGCGCACUUUUUGGCGUUUGUGGAAGCGCUCGACAAUUACGUCGCUGUGCCCUGGGAGACGGCUCUCAGGGGCUUCAAAGUUGGCAAGGGCCUAGAGAACCUUCUGCCUCUGCCGCCGCGAGCCUAUCUGCUGUGGGCCGAGGACGGUGUCUGCAAGAAUCCCGAGGAUCCUCGCCCGGAAUACAGUGAUGACGACCCUCGUGAGAUGAGAUGGCUCUUGGAGAAUAGGACCAGUUUUGGGCCAAAUGGGUGGGAGGCCAUACUUGGGGGCGAAGACAAUACCUUUGUUAAUCGUAUCUCUGGGGCGAAUCAUUUCACGAUGUUGAAGAGAGGCCGGAAUGCGGGCCUGGUUGCUGAGUUUCUUGCCAGGGCUUUUGCAUAG